GGAGUUCAAAAAUCGCCUUUAUCGACUGACUAUUUGUGGGCCGCGUGUGCGCACUCGCUGGAAGUAGAGUGACGCGAGAGCGAGCCGGAGUCCCUCGACUGGAGAACGCAAGGGUUGAUCGCUUAGAUUUCCAAACCCGCACCAUAGCCAUGAAGCUUUUUUGACUUCGGCAAGGGCCAUGCUGCCUGCGCUGCUCUUGUGGGCAGCUGUGCUCGCCGCCCCCGCCGCCUCCACCACCACCGCCGCCCCCAAAGUCGUCAGACCGAACCCCAGUCAGCAAACCCUUUCAAAAUGGAACUUCAUGUUGGAGAACAAGCUGACACAACUGGCGGAACAGGUCACUCACUUCAAAUACGCGCAAAAGGUUUACGAGAGUGACACCAAAAACGUGCGCUUGAGACAGUUGAAUGGAGAGGGCAUGCUCAAACAAACUCUGGGCAAAAUGAAAGACUUGAUUGAAAAAAAGGAGGCUGCCCUUCAGAGGCUGGUUCGUGCGGCAGAAGAAGCAGUAUCGAAACACAAGUACAGCUCAAGUCUGAGCAUACUCGACGUGCCAUAUUUAAACAUGAAAGACCUGCGCAAGGGCGACGAUCGGCUGCACUUCAACCCUUCCUUUCAGCAGUACGUCACCCUGAAUGAGUCUGGAGUGCACAUUCCGCUCGAAAUCUACGAAGGAUGGAUGGGUCACCGCUACAAAGUGCUGUGGUGGCACGAUCCGCAGAUCCUCAACGGGCUCAAGUGGUCUUCCUCGCUGGACGCCGUCUUCCGGGAGAACGCACGCCUCGACCCCAACCUCCGGUGGCAGUACUUCGGCAGCCAGCGAGGUUUGAUGCGGGUCUACCCUGCUUUCAGAUGGCCUGACGUGCCCGACGUGCCCGACUUUUUUGACGUCCGCCGGCGUUCGUGGUACAUCCAGGGCUCAGUGUCGCCGAAAGACAUGAUCAUCAUGAUUGACACGAGUGGCAGCGUGCACGGCCAGACGUUUGACAUCAUGAAAAUCGCGGUGAAGGCGAUGCUGCACACUCUCGGCGAGAACGACUACGUCAAUGUUGCGUGGUUUAACAACGAGGUGGACUGGGUGGCGCCUUGCCUGCCAACCCUGGUGCCCGCCACGAGCCACAACAAGCGUCUAAUGUUCGACGCGGUGGAUCAGCUGCAAGAGGGCAACUACACCAGCUACUCCUCGGCAUUGGAAUUCGCCUACGAGGCCUUCAGGAUGUUCGAGGAGUACAAACAACCCUGGGAGGGUUCCAAUUGCCACAAAGUGAUCAUGUUCUUCACGGACGGCGGCACCGAGUGGCCCGAGGAGGUGAUCAAGAAGUACCAAAACGACACGGUCACACGCAACGUGCGCAUCUUCACCUACGCCUCGGGGCCGCACCCCAUUCCCACGGUGAUCCUAAAGUCGAUCGCGUGCACCACCAACGGAUACUACAACACCCUAACCGCCCUCGCUGCCAUCGGUCCUCGCGUUCAGGACUAUGUGAAAAUUCUCGGCCGUCCUUUGAUUCAAUCCGGCGAAGACACGCUUUACCAGUGGACCAACUUCUACAGAGAUAUAGGAGGCCUUGGAAUGAUGGCCACUGUGACCUUGCCUGUGGCGAAUCUGACUGAAAAAAACGACCAAAGUUUGGUCGGAGUGAUGGGCAUUGACAUGGCGUUGAGUGAAUUGGAAGCUCAGUACUCGAAGCAGAUCAUCGGCCCUCUAGGCUAUGGAUUCGCGAUCAACCAAAACGGGUUCGUUGUGUUCCACCCGCGCCUCAAAGACCAGCAAGCUUACAUGGAGGAGUCUCCCGACCUGGAUAUAUUAGAACUUGAGGGUCACCGAUUAGACAGCAAUAGGGUCAGAGAAGCGAUGGUGUUGGGAGAGUUUGGCUCUUUCUUAAAUGUGUCACACGUGCAAAUUUCGGACUCGAAGCACGCUUUGCCCAUCAGGAUGAAUUUCCACUUUGGACAAAUUGGGAAUUCUACGUUCAGAUUUUGCUUGGCAUUGCCAGUGGGGCAUGUGGCCUUGGAGGUGAGCAGCCAGAGCCACGAGGCCGGGCUCCGUCUUGACAACAACAAGGGCGUCCUCCUCGCACCGUGGGCCUACUGCGACGGCCUUGAGGAGGAUCCCAGCGUCAUGCUUCUCUCCGAAGCUAUCGCCAACAACACCAACAACUGCAGUUUGAAAGGACAAGCACAACACCUUCUAUGGGACGCUGCCAAAAUCGGUCAAAUUUGGAAAGAGUGGGAAGGGAAACCGGAAGCGCGGGUGAAGAGCAGAUUUAUUUUCACGGAUAGCGGCAUCACUGCGGUCUACCCAGAAACGGAGAAAAUUCACUACAUGAACCAACGCGAUCCCAGCCGCAACGGCUUCUUCAAACGGGCAGCUAGGGCCAAGGCGUUCGUGUUCGACGUAAAGCACAAAAAGCAAGGAAAAGGAAUGCGCGUUGAGAGCGUGCUGGUCGGUCGAAAAAUUGCCGUCAAACAGCAAAAUCAAAAUUAUAUCGCUGCAGUGGUCGGUUCCGAGGUGGAGGCAAGCGUGAUAAGCAAGGCCUUCUUGGACAUCACCUCGACAGGCUUUGACAGCGACGAUGUGCUCUGCAACAAGCCUGACGAACUCGCUUGUUACCUGAUUGAUCAGGGCUCGAUUGUGAUCGCGUCUAAUCAGCAGAAUACAAAGGUGGGCAGCCGGCUGAGCGAGUCGGACGCUCAGGUGAUGUCGCAACUGCUUUCGGAAGGCGUGUUCGAGCGGGAGCAUUCGUUCAGCCACGAGACGUGGUGUCCGAAGCGCAAGACGCGUAAGCAGAUGCUGGCCGAGUUGGCGGCGGCCGGCGCCGUGCGCCACUCGCCGCUGCUGUCGUGGGCGUCCAACGUGCUGGCGCUGGUGGACACGCUCAAAAUGGCCCUGUCCACUAUCCUGUGGUGGGGCCUGCCGACGCUGAGCGAGACGAUCGCCGCCGUCGGCUGGGAGCCCAGCGUCGAGCGCAACUUCAGCUGCGUCCAGCGCGCCACGUGGCUCUUCCACUCGGGCCGCUUGUACUCCGGCGACUACGAGUGCGACGGGUGCGUCCGGCCCAUCAGGGUCUCUUUCCUGCCUGACCUCGCCCUCAUGCUGGUCAUCGCCGACGCGCCAUGCCAGUGCAGAAACAACGCAUAUGUAAACAUCGAUGACUCUGAAAUGGACGCCUGCAAACUGAAAAGCAAAAUCAGGCUUCGUCCUGCAACUUGUUACGAUCGGGAUACUUCCGCAGACUGCGGAGUCUCCUCAACCAGUUCGUCAUCAACAACCCCCCUGACACCGGUGCUGGCGGCGGUCGCCGUUUUGCCACUGUUGCUUUGCAACUCUAGAGGACCAGGCUAAAAAGGCUACUUUAGUCGCAUCCACCCUGCGUUGGCGCUGCUUUCUGUAGAUUUCGAAAAGAUGGAUCUCAACACGGGGGAUUGGGGCUUUGAAAAAGUCGCAUGCCAAUUUCUAGACUGACUUGAUAAGUUGUGAUAGUUGAGAGUAUAGGAGUGGAUAAAAGGAAAUGAGCAAUAUUCUUGUUUGUCAUUAACUUGUUACAUUUUAAAUUUAUAUCUUUUAGAGCGACCUUGAUUUUCCUCCAGGAAAUACGAAAGGGGUUGCCAAACAAGUCUUGUACACUCAGUUAGUUUUUAUUUAGUAUAUUAUUUUUGUUGUUGAAUUAUAAAAUGUCAUCUGCUUCAUUAUACUUAUACCAUUCACUUAAUUCUCCUAGUUUAAAUAAAUUCCGAAA